AUGACAUGCAAUCCUAAGUGGCCUGAGAUAUGUGAUAACUUACAUGUUGGUCAAACUACUACAGAUCGUCCAGACCUUGUUUCAAGAGUGUUCCGGGCUAAAUUAGAAGAUCUUAAGGAUCAACUCUUCAAGAAACAUGUCCUCAGGGAAGUUAAGGCAUACGUCUAUGUCAUUGAAUUUCAAAAGCGGGGUUUGCCGCAUGCACAUUUUCUCCUAAUCAUGUACCCGCAACACAAGAUCAAUAACGCGGACCAUUAUGAUAAGGUUGUGUGUGCUGAAAUUCCUAACAAACUAACACAUCCCAGAUUGCAUGAGAUGGUUGUCAAGCACAUGAUUCACGGUCCUUGCGGCAAUUUACGAUCAAGCAGUCCUUGUAUGCAGGGUGAUCCUAAAAUUUGUCGUUUUCACUAUCCUAGACAAUUUAACGAACAGACGACACAAGGAGAAGAUUCGUAUCCGUUGUAUCGAAGGAGAGACACCGGGAUAGAAGUGGACCUACGAGGACAAACACUUGAUAAUAGAUGGGUGGUCCCAUAUAACCCAAGGCUUUUGAUGAUGUUUAACUGCCACAUGAAUGUUGAAGUUUGCUCAAGUAUAAAAUCUGUGAAAUAUCUUUUCAAAUAUGUUUAUAAAGGACAUGACAAACAGGUUAUUCAAGUCGAUCAAAGUGAGCCAGGGGUUGUUAUUAAUGAGAUAAAAAGAUUUCAAGAUGCACGCUACAUAUCGCCCCCAGAAGCUAUGUGGCGCAUUUUUUCCUUCCCUCUUUCUCAAAUCUUUCCUACUGUUCUAGCCUUACAACUUCAUCUCCCAAAUAAUCAGAUGGUUAGAUUUAGAGAUGAUGACUUGAUGCCCAUUGUUGAUAGGGAAAGGGAUAAGAGAACCAUGCUAACAGCAUUUUUUGAGAUAAAUAGAAACGAUGAAACAGCAAGGAAAGCAGCUCUUGAGUUAGGCUUAAUAGAAGACGAUGAAUAUCUAUCACAAUGUCUCGAAGAAGCCUCUACGUUUCAGUUUCCCAAUGCUCUUAGAAGGUUAUUUGCGACCAUAAUGAUUUUUUGCCAACCUGGAGAUAUUCGAAAGUUAUGGAAUGACCACUUUGAUUCACUGUCUGAAGAUCAUCGGUUACACUGUCAAAGUAUAGAACGAGUUCAAAAUAUGGUUCUUACCGAAAUUAGUGUCUUUGUACAAUCCAUGGGUAAAAAUUUCAAUGAGUUCGACCUUCCUAAGAUAACAGACGAUGUUAACUUACAAGAUGCAGGUUAUCGUGAGUUACAAGAAGAGUAUGGGAUUGUUUUCGAACCUGAACACUUGAGUGCCAAAGAUUCACUUAAUCCGGACCAAAAAAACGUGUUUGAUGAGAUCAUGAUGCAUGUUGAUAAUGAUCUUCCAGGCGUGUUCUUUAUUGAUGGUCCAGGUGGAACUGGAAAAACAUUUUUGUACAUUGCCUUGCUUACUGAAAUUCGGUCACGUGGUCUUAUUGCUCUCGCAACAGCUUCAUCAGGUGCAGCGGCUAAUAAUAUGCCAGGAGGUAGAACGGCUCACUCGAGAUUCAAGAUUCCUCUUAAUCUUGAAAAUAAUUCAAUGUGCAAUAUCAAAAAACAGAGUGGGGCCGCUAAACUGAUUCGGUCUGCCAAAAUAAUCAUAUGGGAUGAAGCGUCGAUGGCUAAACGACAGGCGAUAGAGGCAGUCGAUCGUACAUUCCAAGACAUUAUAGGUGUUAGUCUCCCAUUUGGUGGAAAGAUAAUGGUUAUGGGAGGUGACUUCAGACAAGUGAUGCCGGUUAUUAAACGUGGCACUCGAGCACAGAUUGUAGACUCCAGCGUACGAAUGUCACCUCUUUGGUCUUUGACUAAGAAGAUGCGGUUGACCAUAAAUAUGAGAGCGCUAAAAGAUCCAUGGUUUUCUAAAUUUCUUUUAAGAGUCGGCGAUGGAACUGAAGAACCAAUCGAAGGAAACUAUAUCCGCAUACCCGAUGACAUGACAAUUCAGUGCAACAACAGAGAAAACGCUAUAAAAGAAUUGAUCCAUGCCAUCUUUCUAUCAAUUGAAGAUAAUGUAUAUUCUUCAGAUUAUAUAAUCUCUAGAGCAAUAUUGUCCACUAAAAAUGAUAGUGUUGACGAGAUUAAUAAUCAAAUGAUUGAAAUUUUUCAAGGGGAGGAAAAAGUUUAUUACAGUUUUGAUGAAGCUGAAGACGAUCAGCGCAACUUCUAUCCGGUCGAGUUCUUAAACUCGCUAAAUGUUAGUGGUUUGCCGCCUCAUAAGCUUCGUUUAAAAAUUGGAUGCCCAAUAAGAUUGUUACGUAAUAUCGAUCCAUCACAUGGCCUGUGUAAUGGCACGCGAUUGAUAUGUAAGGGUUUCAUGCGAAAUGUUAUUGAUGCGGAAAUUGCAGUCGGUCAACAUGCCGGCAAAAGAGUUUUUUUGCCAAGAAUCCCUCUAACCCUUUCUGAAGAUGACAUGUUCCCAUUCAAGCUGAAAAGAAAACAAUUUCCAAUUCGACUUAGCUUUUCCAUGACGAUUAAUAAAGCUCAAGGUCAAACAAUUCCGAACGUUGGUAUUUAUCUUCCGGAUUCUGUAUUUUCACAUGGACAACUUUAUGUCGCGUUAUCAAGAGGGAUUUCAAGACAAAGUACGAAGAGAAUUCAAACAAAGCGGAGUUUACACAUCAAAUGUUGUCUACCAGGAAGUGUUGCGUGA